AUUUUUUUCUUCUUCUUCUUCUUCUUCUUCCACCAUUACCGAUUUACUUCAAACCCUCUUCAUCCAUUUCCCACUUCCAUUCUUCCCAAAUCCCAAACUCCCUUUCUUUUUUCCUUAAUCCAUAACCUCUCAGGGUAGGAUAAAACCCCCAAAAAAUUAGUUUUAUUUAUUUAUUUAUUUAUAACAUUUUUAAUUAACCCCAAAAUUAGAAAAUAGUUGACAAAGAGGAAAGAUCAAACAAAAAAGACGUAUAGUGAAAACUAGGGUUUUGUUUGUUUGUUUAAUUUGUGCUAAAGAUGGAAACUUUGAAUGGUAAUUCAGAACAAUAUGCAAAUGUUUCUUCUAAUUCUUCUUCAUCGUCAUCAUCAUCAUCAUCAUUAUCAUCAUCAUCAUUAUUAUCAUCAUCAUCAUCUUUUGGAGGUGUUAAUAGUGAUGAUAACAAUGAUAGUAUAACAUGGUAUGGUAUGAGGUUACCUUCUAUUAACCCUUUACGUUCACCACUUUCAUUUCUAUUGGAUUACUCUGGCAUUCUACGUUCAACCAAUGAUUCUGAGGCUGUGAUUCUCAACAAUGAAGUUUCUGGUCAUGGAUCACGGUCUCGGGUUGAUGAUUCUGCUGGUUCUGUUGCUGGGAGCAGUGCAGGGGAAGUUGCAAUAAGGAUUAUUGGAGCUGGAGAAAAUAUUCAAACUCAGGUUGGAGAAGUGGGUUAUGAUGAUUGUGGUGAUGAUGUGAUUGGUGAGAGAAGUGGAAUGCCUGCAUUGGAUGAUGAUGAUGAUACCGAGGGUCGUAGUGGAAUUGCAGCUAGUGAAGGGGUUCCUCUUGUGUCUUCGUCUUCAUCGUCGUCAUUGGCUGGUAGUGGACAGGUUGAUGGUGAUGCGGCUGAGAAUGGAACAGAAAAUAGCAGUAGGGAUUCGUCUUCCUAUCAGAGAUAUGAUAUUCAGCUUGUUGCCAAGUGGAUUGAGCAGAUUCUUCCUUUUUCGCUCUUGUUGUUGGUUGUUUUCAUCCGACAGCAUUUGCAAGGUUUCUUUGUCACAAUUUGGAUUGCAGCUGUGAUGUUCAAGUCAAAUGAAAUUGUUAAGAAGCAGACAGCUUUGAAGGGAGAUAGGAAAGUCUCUUUACUUGCUGGUAUCUCUUUCGCUUUCAUUCUUCACGUGAUAGGCAUUUACUGGUGGUAUCGAAAUGAUGAUGUUUUAUAUCCACUGAUCAUGUUACCUCCAAAACCAACACCUUUCUGGCAUGCAAUAUUCACCAUCUUGGUCAAUGAUAUGUUGAUGCGGCAAGUUGCAAUGGCUUUUAAGUGUAUCCUUCUUAUAUAUUACAAAAAGGGGAAAGGUCAUAACUUCCGUCGGCAGGCUCAAAUGUUAACUCUUGUUGAGUACACGCUGCUGCUGUAUCGUGCCUUGUUGCCAACACCAGUUUGGUACCGGUUUUUCUUGAAUAGGGAAUAUGGCAGUCUCUUUUCGUCACUGACCACAGGGUUGUAUUUAACUUUCAAGCUAACAUCUGUUGUUGAGAAGGUCCAAUACUUCAUAUCUGCCUUGAAAGCGUUAUCAAGAAAGGACGUUCAUUAUGGGGUCUAUGCCACAACAGAACAGGUUACUGCUGCUGGUGACCUAUGUGCUAUAUGCCAGGAGAAGAUGCAUUCCCCUAUCUUGUUGCGCUGUAAACACAUUUUCUGUGAAGAUUGUGUAUCUGAGUGGUUUGAGAGAGAAAGGACUUGCCCCCUAUGCAGAGCAUUGGUUAAAGCAGCCGAUCUUCGAACUUUUGGAGAUGGAUCAACAAGUUUGUUUUUCCAAUUGUUUUAGUAAACUGAUGAUCUUCGGUUGGAUCAUAGUUUUGUACCAAUCUCUACUUAAAAUGUAUCAUGUUUCUUACUCUUAUUUGGUAAGAUUUUUUAUCAAAACGAUUCUUAGGAAAUAUGAUUGUUCGGAAUCUUCAAAGGCAUGGUUAUGGAUUAAAAGUUCGCAUUGAGUUGCAACGUCAUUGUACAAAUUAAGGGCUUUACUCAGCCGUCGGGGGGAAACCCGCUAACCUGAUUUAUUUUUCAUAUCCUAGACAGUAAGAAGAACACAAAUUUGUUCAUAAUGUUACAUCAUUUUGACAUUGAUCUCCCUCUCCUAUCCCUACUCCCCUUUUCUUUGAAGUUUGUAUAUGUUUUUGCACAGGCUUUAUUGAAAUAUGAUAACUAAACUAUGUUGUUUGCA